AUGUGGCAGAACGUGUUCAAAAUUCGUCGUGAAAGUGCGCCAGCGAAUUGUGCGUCAGCACUGCUCUGUUUGCAACGCGCCCCCCAUUUCGGCGCCGGCGCCUAUGUGGUGCCGAAUGACGGCGCCGGCGCUUAUGUGGCGCCGACUGACGGCGCCGGCGCUUAUGUGGCGCCGACUCACGGCGCCGGCGCUUAUGUGGCGCCGACCGACGGCGCCGGCGCCUAUGUGGCGCCGACCGACGGCGCCGGCGCCGAUGUGGCGCCUUUUUUUUCAUGAGGCAGCAUGUCAAGAACUAUCGGAAUGCAUAUUGGGAACCCCAAAAAGUAACAUUUUGCUGUUUUCGCGCUUGUUCGCAAAAACCAUGAGAGUUAGGCUCAAACUGACUUGACCAAUGGAUUCUACGUGGUUGAUUACCUAAAUCAAUGUUCUCAGUACAAUAAUUUAUCAUUCCGAGUCUCAGAUAGACGAAAAAAUGAAAUCCACUGAAAAAUUUCGACGCCCCCCACCUUUAACAGUGUCAUGAAACUGAAAGUUUACAGUUUCAUCUGUGCUACAGUAAAUAAAAUGUCUUCAAUUGGUUUGGACGAGCAUGGAGCAACAUUUUCGAGUUGAAAAAGUCACAAUUUUGAUCUGUAAUGCUCGAAACGUCAAGUACAAACAUUGACGACCCAUUCAACAAACAUCACUCCCCCCUUUUUUUGCACUGUUUCUAUGGUCUCUGCCCUGGGUUUCGGUCACAAAAAGCGGCCAGUUCUAAUCGUCGGUCAAUUGCGAAACUUUUGUGUCUUUGCAUCAUUUUUGUGUUGAUUUGUGACUGAUAACUGGAGGGUUUGCAGUAUAAAAGAUGGGCAGAACACGAGAAGAACUAUAGUUUUAUGUACGUUUCGGAACCUUUUUAUUAUCUAUUUUUGUGUUUCAGAUGAAGUCUUCUCUUCUCCUCCAUGUUAUGUUAUUGAUUGCCACGUCGGCAUCGGUGGUGGAAACCUACAAAAUACUAUUCUACACCAACUUGUUCGGUCAUAGUCAUGUGAAAAUGUUGGCGGCGGCGGCGGAUGUUCUCACCGAUGCGGGUCACAAUGUGGUGAGUGUAACUUGAGAACGACAAGGUAUGCGGUGAAAUGAUCAAUUACAAAGUUGUAGAGCACAAUAUUUGCAACAACUUUUCUGUUGAUCACUUUUUUUGAAAAAAAGUCACAGGGUCUUGAGAUAAAUCGGUUCAAAGUUGAGGUUAUAUGAAAAGUGAUGUAAACGCUGAAUUUUUCAAGUUGUAGACAUCAAAUUUAUGAAAAAAAUCGAAUAUUGUGGACAAUGUAUUGAAGCUAGAAAUGUUUGUGAAUCGACAGUCAGACAGUUUAGUGAUGUUUGUGAAACAGAGAGUGUUAUUUUUUUAAAGACAACUAUUGAUUUUUAGGAUCUUCGGCUUAUUUUUUUGCUGAAAAAAACGAAGAAAAUUGCGAUUUAACGUUAAAAAAAUUUGAAAGCUAUUCAUUUUUUUAGACGGUCCUAAUGCCAGUGUUUGCCCAAAAUCUCUCGACAUCACUCAAGUCGACGAAGAAUACAAUAUUCGUAGAAGCCACGGAGGAAGUUGCCAAUUUCGCAAAGCUCCGGAAGAAGUUUAUGGCGAACAUGUGGAUGGAGGACAAUGCAAAACCCGCUGAACCUGCUCAAGGUUCGAAAUGAUAUAUCUCGGCUGCGAAUGGAGAUAUCAAAAAGUUGUCAACUGAACAAUUGUUGAUCAAGAAAUUGUGCACAUUUUGCUAGUUGACAACUUUUCGAUAUCUCUAUCGACAGAUGAGUUAUGGUCGGUAGAAAAAGUGUUUGUUUCAGAGGCUGGAUACAUUGUCGAAAGUGUUCAGAUCCCAGUGCAAACAAGUGUUGUCGCAAAGCGAUUUGAUUGAGCAGUUGAGAGCCGAAAACUAUGAUUUGGCGAUCACGGAACCAUUUGACACUUGUGCUUAUGGUAGGUUUUAGGGCUGAAAACAUUUCUACCGCAUCAUCUCGUCGUUGCAGCCUUCUUCGAAGCGAUCGAAAUCCGUGCGCACGUGGCGGUGCUCUCGAGUUCCCGUCUGGAUCAUGUCUCUGACGUCAUCGGCCAACCGGCGGCGCUCAGCUACAACCCGGGCCUUCUUUCGAACAACGGCGAGCGAAUGACGAGGUGGCAGCGGUUCGUGAACGCCAUCCAGUACGCCUCCGGCUCCUACUUCUUCGGAUACGUCGGCGAUCAGGACGCCGCCAUCGCACGCGACAUCAAUGCCACGUGGCGGUCGUGGCGCGACACGUUGCCCGAAGCCUCGUUCAUCCUGACCAAUCAGAUCCCGUUGCUCGACUUUCCGGCGCCGACUUUCGAUAAAAUAGUGGCGGUCGGCGGGUUGUCCGUCAAAACGGACCGAAAAUCGCUGAAACUCGAGGAGAAAUGGAGUCGCAUUCUUGAUGUUCGCAAGAAGAACGUCUUCAUUUCGUUCGGAUCGAAUGUCAGAUCGGUGGACAUGCCCGACGAGUACAAGUAAGUGAAAACUUGUUUCAAAAAUUUGGACAUUUCAACAAAAAAUUCUUCGGUUUCAUGAAGCAACAACAUUUUCGAGUGUUCUUCAGACUUUUUUGAUCCGCAACACGGAACCCCAGCCCCCCUUCCAAUAAAAAAUUCCCUUGGCGCAAUUCACGUGCGCUAAACAAGGCGCCUAACGCGCGUAAUUCCGGAGCGUCGUUGUAGAGUUUCUCAUUUCAAUUUUCCCUUUUUUUGCAUUAUUCCCAUCUUUUCAGAACCAAUCAGUGUCAAAACUAAUGAUAAUGAUUAGAAAUGAAUAAAAUAUGAAAUUUUAACUGCUUCGUCAUCAAUUUCGAAACGUUUUAUGUGAAGAUUACAAAAUUGUUUCCCUUUGGAAUCGAAAAUUUGCCUCAAUUAUCUCAAUUCUGUAUAUUUUUCGACGGUUGAGCGCUUAAAAGAUGCGCAAUAAAGAAUGCCAGUGUCCGAACUCGAUUUUCGGCAAAUAAUCGUUAAAACUCCGUUUUUUUUCAGUAGUUUUCGACAAAAUCCCUCAAUUUGGUCAAUUCUGAACGAAUCUGCUCCGUUUCGCGCUUAAAUCGAUGCUUUUAACUCACACAAUCGCCCCACGGUUCGCAAAGAACAAAAUUUGAGUGUUUAUUAAGAGAAAAACGAAAGAAUUCUGGUUUUCAAUUGAAAAAAGAAACUCCGAGUCGACGGUGGAUGCAAGCGCGCCCCAUUGACAACUCGCUUGCGCAUUGGAAUGCUGGGGUUCCGUGCGCAAUCCAAAAUGUUUCGAAAAUAUUGUCAGUUUCAGCAACGCUUCAUUAUUUGACACGAACUUCGAGUAUUUCAAUCAUAUUUCUGUCAUUUACGCAUCUCCAAACAUUUCCAGAAAGUCACUUCUGCAAGUGUUCGCCUCAAUGCCGGACACGUCGUUCAUUUGGAAGUACGAGGACGCGAACGAUCCGAUUGUCGACCAUUUGGACAAUGUCUAUCUGGGCGAGUGGCUUCCGCAGAACGAGCUGCUCGCCGAUCCGAGGUUGAGCGUUUUUGUGACUCACGGAGGACUCGGAUCCGUCACCGAGUUGGCGAUGAUGGGAAAACCCUGUGUUAUGGUGGGUGGGUGUGUGUGUGUCCGAGUUUAUGUGUCUCACUGAAUUGAUUUUUUUAUUGCCACAUUCACUGUCCGAGCCCCAGCGCUUACAGUCAAAGUUGUGGCCGUGGCCCAGAAAAAGUUCUCGGCCUUGUGAUCUUUUCCGAAUUUUUUUGCGUUCGGCCGAAUCUUCAUACGUUGCAAAAACAUUCACGCAAAUCAGCAUCAUCACACAUAAUAGUGCAAGAGCAUCAAACUACUCACAGGGAAGAGUUUUUCACACCGGAGUUUCUAGGCCACGGCCACAACUUCAACUGCACGCCGUUUCGUUCAUUGGCAUUUCUGUGAGAGUCAGCAUUUCACCAGUGAGAAUAAUUGAAAUUUCGAGAUUUAUUGAAAUUUUUUUCAAAUUUCUUGGGUAAAUUUGCAACGGUAUUUUUUUGAAAAAAAUUUAAAUUUCUCGAGAAUAUUUGAAAAUUUUUCAAAUUUCUUGGGUAAAUUUGCAACGGUAUUUUUUUGAAAAAAAUUUUUAAUUUCUCGAGAUUUAUUGAAAUUUUUUUCAAAUUUCUUUGGUGAAUUUUUCAACGGUAUUUUUUUCGAAAAAUUUAAAUUUCUCGAGAAUAUUUGAAAAUUUUUCAAAUUUCUUGGGUAAAUUUUUCAACGUUAUUUUUUUGAGAAAAAAAUUUAAAUUUCUCGAGAUUAAUUGAAAUUUCUUAAAUUUGUUGGGUAAAUUUUUCAAAAAAAUACCGUAGUUUUAUGGUGUACGGUAACACUCGUUCAGCUGUGCGCACCCCGGAUUUCCCGCAAAUUUCUGCCGACUUUGGACUGCAAAAUCCGCGAGAUUUGCGGGUUUUCCGAGACUUUGGACGCGGCAUAGUCCUUUUAUUUGCAUUCCAACUCAACGCGGCACUUUUUCCCUUUUUGCAGGUGCCCCUGUUCGCCGAUCAAUCCCGCAACGCUCAAAUGCUCAAAAGACACGGAGGAGCGGCGGUGCUCACCAGACCGGACCUCUCCUCUCCGGAUCCGCUCCGUCAGACCCUCGAAAAUGUGAUGAGCGAGCCGAAAUACCGUCAAAAUGCGGAGCGUCUCGCCGAAAUGCUCAUUAAUCAGCCGACAAAACCGCGCGAGACACUGCUCAAAUACGUGGAAUUCGCGGCCAGGUAUUGUAAAUGACUGUUUUUGUGAAAUUCGAAACCGACAAUCACAGAUUCGGAAAACUGCCCUCGUUGGACAACUACGGACGGCAUCAGAGCUACAUUGAGUAUUAUUUUUCUAGAUAUUAUCGCUCUGCUCGUUGUGGUCACGGCCCUCAUCGUCUAUUUCAACUAUCGAGUUGCGAAAUGGGCGAUGGGGCGGUGGAGAAGUGCGGAAAAAGGCAAAGAAUGAAUAAGACGAGGAACGGAUUACUGUAGACUCCCCGAAUGAUCUCUAUUUGAGUGUGUCUUGUCAAUAAAUCACUUUUUAAAAAUUUGAAAACCGACUAUCCCGUAAAACCCCCCGGUUUUUUUCAUAUACCUCAUCGAUAUCGCUUUGAAAUUGAGCAUGAAACAUUGAAAAACUCCUUUCUCAACUCAAGAAUGUUUCGUCCGACGCUCAAACCCGUCGACUGUGUAGCCCUGACCUUUUCCCUCUAUCUUUAUAUCCAUUACCAUCUAAAAUGGUCCCAACACCGCAUAUCUUGAUAUGCGGGGGCCCACCAAGGCCAAACAUCCGCCAGUCUCGGUAUUCGGCGAUUCCAAUGAGAAACCCGCUCGUUUUUACUCUUCUUCUCCACUUUACAACAGGUAAUUCCAUUGAAAUAUUGUCGAUCCGCAUAUUUAUUGCUCAGUGUGCGCGUUCUCGGUCCUCGGGGACCACUAUCAAUACCGUGUGCACUAUCUGACACCCAUAGAAUAUUCGAGAUCUGACGACAACUUUGACGACGAGCCGCUGACGAAUUGUUGUACGGAAACGGCGAAACUUGAUGUGCAUUCGUACGGGCGCGACUUCAAAUUGAGACUGCAGCGGGCGUGCCAGACGGCGAAAGACGAAGAAUCGACUGGAAAUGCACAGUUUACGGACGGAGGAGCCGGGUGGCAGGGACAGUUGGAAGGUGAGUGGACUUUGAGGGAACGUAACAGACUUAGCCACUUUCCUAAUGUUUCGUAAAGUUAUUGGGUGGAAUCUAGAGACCUAGUAGAGCAUUUUGUCAGUUGAUCACUUUUUUCUACCACUUUUCCUAAGCCUACUGUAGCGCUUGGAAGUUAUCUUACGAUUUAAGGGUCUCAUAACUUUCAAGAGCUACAGUGGGCUUAGAAAACACUGUACAAGAAAGUGGUCAACUGGUAAAAACAAAGUACUAGGUGUGUAGAUUGUGCUCAAACGGUUUUUGGAACGAUUUGACGCACUCUAACUGUGUUCUAUUGUUCUUCAAAGUUAAUCUUAUUCAAAGUUACCUACGGUUUCAGUAAACCUAUAACUUCACACUUUUGCAUGUUCAGUAUUCCUUUCAGUUGGACAAUAUUCAUAACUUUACGAAAUCGAGACCAAUUUCAGUACAAUCACCAGCGAAUCAGUAUGGAAAUUUUGUAUCUUACUAAUACAGAAAAGACAAAUUUAACUCGAUCGCCAUAAAAAAUGUGGAAAAGGUGUCAACUGAUAAAAUGUGCACAAUUUGCUAAUGAACAUUUUAGCAGUUGACAGCUUUUUCGAUAUCUCUACCGGCAGCAGAGUUACACAACGAAUUCCAGACGAGCCCACGUCUACAAUAGCGGGGGAGUUCAAAAACGGACUGUUUGUCGGAAUCAUAAUGACCGGGGAGCACAAAUUCAUAAUUGAGACCAAGACGCCGUAAGUCUAUGACUGUUUUUUGAUUAGUAAAGCGGUUUUUUUAGGCCCGACGAGAAGCCGUACUCUCUUUUGUUCCGAGUCCCACCCAGACGGACCGUCGAAGUGCACGUCUUCAGAAAAAGCGAAGAGGGCAGUGGCACUGAGGAUGUCGGCCUGGCAAGUGGAUCCGAGAUAGAGUGA